UGAUACCAAAAAUUGGGUAUAAUUCCCCACACUUACAGCGAUGAAGGGGGCACAAAUCUUUCCAAUGACACCAACGAUGGGGCACAAUUCCUCCCAGUGACACAAUUGAUAGGGUCCAAUGACAUCAAUGAUGGGGCAGAAUUCCUCCCAGUGACACAAAUGAUAGGGUCCAAUGACAUCAAUGAUGGGGCAGAAUUCCUCCCAGUGACACAAAUGAUAGGGUCCAAUGACAGCAAGCGAUGAAGGGGGCACAACUCCUUUCAAUGACACCAACGAUGGGGCACAAUUCCUCCCAGUGACACAAUUGAUAGGGUCCAAUGACAGCAAUGAAGGGGGCACAACUCCUUCCAAUGACACCAACGAUGGGGUACAAUUCCUCCCAGUGACACAAUUG